CGCACGCACGACGAGACGCCAUGGACGCCGCCGCGAAACAGAGCUCUACGCGAGCAGUCGUGCUCCUGUGCGCUGUGUCACUCGCUCUGCUGGCCGCGGCGCCGCCUGGCGCUGAGGCGACGGCCGCGGCGGUGGCGGCGGCGGGGACGGCGGGGUGUGGGUGCGGUAAUGCGGCGGCGGAGGCCGGGGAGGACGCGCGCGGGGCGCUGCACCUCAAGCUCAUCGCCAUCGCGUCCAUCCUGGCGGCCGGCGCGGCGGGGGUGCUGGUGCCCGUGCUGGGCAGGUCGUUCGCCGCGCUCCGCCCUGACGGCGACGUGUUCUUCGCCGUCAAGGCGUUCGCGGCGGGCGUCAUCCUCGCCACCGGCAUGGUGCACAUCCUGCCCGCCGCGUUCGACGCGCUCGCGCCGCCCUGCGGCGGGAGGGCCCGGUUCCCGUUCGCCGGGCUCGUCGCCAUGGCCGCGGCCAUGGCCACCAUGAUGAUCGACUCCAUCGCCGCCGGGUACUACCGCCGGUCCCACUUCAAGAAGCCGCGCCCCAUCGACGACCCCGCCGACGCCCUGCCCGGCGGCGGGAUCGUCGCCGGGGACGAGGAGGGCGCCACCGGGCACGCCAGCCACGUCCACGUCCACACGCACGCCACGCACGGCCACGCGCAUGGACACGUGGACGACCACGGCCACGGCCACAGCCACAGCCACGGCAGCGGGCCGGCUGCCCUCACCUCGCCGGACGAUGCCUCCAUCGCCGAAACAAUCCGGAACAGGGUGGUGUCCCAGGUUCUGGAGCUGGGAAUCCUGGUGCAUUCGGUGAUCAUCGGAGUUUCGCUAGGCGCGUCGCUGCGGUCGUCGACGAUCAGGCCGCUCGUCGGAGCCCUCAGCUUCCACCAGUUCUUUGAAGGCAUUGGCCUUGGUGGUUGCAUUGUUCAGGCAAAUUUCAGAGCAAAAGCAACGGUGAUCAUGGCGACUUUCUUCUCCCUCACUGCUCCGGUGGGCAUCACACUGGGGAUCGCAAUCACGUCCAUCUACAGCGAGCACAGCUCGACCGCCCUCGUCGUCGAGGGGGUCUUCAACUCUGCUGCAGCUGGGAUUCUGAUCUACAUGUCCCUGGUUGAUCUCCUGGCCACAGAUUUCAACAACCCAAAGCUUCAGACAAACACAAGGCUUCAGCUAGCAACAUACCUGGCACUCUUCAUCGGAGCAGGGCUGAUGGCCCUGCUUGCCAUAUGGGCAUGACAUCUCAAGAACAGGGUUUGUUGCUGUUGUUGUUGUCAUAGCAUUACUGCAGAAGCUUAGUUUUGUAGAGUCGUCAUCAACCAUAAUUGGAGGAAAAGAUGGCCUAAAUACGACCGGAUUUUGGAGUUAUCUGAUACGAGUACAGAAGUCAAAAGUUUCAGGACAAAUCUGAUUCUUGGCAAAAUGGUGUGCUUCCACCAGAAUGGCAUGGCACCAAAUGAGGUGGACAGGAAUCAAGUAGUAGACGAGCUGGUGGACCUUGAACAGAGUUUCUCUCAAAGUCCAAAAGCUCUGUAUUAAAAAGGAUGGCAUCCUUUUAGGGUCUAUGGCAAUAUACAGAUUGUUAGCUUAGGGUAAAUCCUUUUUGUAUGGCAAGAGCUCUGCUAAAUUUGUUCACUUAUUCAGUGAAGAAUUAAAUAAAUAUAAAGCUCCUGCUUUGUCUCCCGGUCCUUCAUAUCAUAACUGCAAAUCUGUAACUUCUUGAUCCUGAAAUGUUUA